AGAAACACCUCAGCCGGGUAUCGUCUUGUUUCAGCGGUGUGAAAAGAAACACAGUGCAGUGAGCAUGUCGGUGCUAGCUUUGCAAGAGUACGAAUUCGAGAGACAGUUCAACGAGGACGAAGCUAUCCGAUGGAUGCAGGAGAACUGGAAGAAGUCCUUUCUCUUCUCUGCACUCUAUGCUGCCUGUAUCCUCGGGGGCCGCCAUGUCAUGAAACAAAGGGAGAAAUUUGAGUUGAGGAAACCAUUGGUGCUGUGGUCACUCACCCUUGCUGUAUUCAGUAUUUUUGGUGCCAUCCGUACUGGGAGUUACAUGAUGUACAUCCUGAUGACGAAAGGGCUAAAACAGUCAGUUUGUGACCAGAGCUUCUACAACGGGCCUGUCAGCAAAUUCUGGGCGUAUGCUUUUGUACUCAGUAAAGCACCAGAGCUGGGUGACACUCUGUUCAUUGUCUUGAGGAAACAGAAGCUCAUCUUUCUCCACUGGUACCACCACAUUACUGUGCUGCUCUACUCCUGGUACUCCUACAAGGACAUGGUGGCUGGCGGCGGGUGGUUCAUGACCAUGAACUACUUGGUCCAUGCUGUCAUGUACUCUUACUACGCACUGCGUGCAGCUGGUUUCAAGCUGUCACGCAAAUUUGCCAUGUUCAUCACACUGACCCAAAUCACACAGAUGUUGAUGGGCUGCGUAGUCAACUACUUGGUGUACUCGUGGAUGCAGCAGGGCCAGGAGUGUCCAUCCCACAUGCAGAACAUUGUUUGGUCCUCCCUCAUGUACCUCAGCUACUUUGUGCUCUUUGUCCAGUUCUUCUUUGAAGCCUACAUCGGCAAGUCCAAAUCAUUGGCUAUGGCUGCCACCAAGAAAAGCGAGUAAAAAAUAAAUGCCAUAAGUAUGAAAAGAAGGAAGUUAAUGUAAAAAGGGAGUUUGAAAUUGAGAGCAGGGACCACUGUCUUGAGAGAUGAAUGGGUUUAGGUGUGAGAGAGGUGGCAUAUAGCCCACGAAGUCUAGUGGG